AUGCGCCUGCGCAGCUCUCCCCCCCCCCCGGACCGGAAAUUAUCCAUUGAGAUGGUGCGUGUGGGGGGUCCCUUAAUGAUUCCCAACGAAAGGAUGAAGAGGUUGGCCGAGACAGCAACGGGAUGUCGGUGAAUUACGCGGCGGGGUUGUCGCCCUACCCGGACAAAGGGAAGUGCGGCCUCCCGGAGAUUUUUGAUCCGCCGGACGAGUUGGAAAAGAAGAUCCAUCAGCUGGCUGACUUGAUCCAGAAUUCUUUCAACGUGGUCUUUCACACCGGGGCGGGUAUCAGCACAGCUUCAGGGAUUCCGGAUUUCAGAGGUCCGAAUGGGGUGUGGACCAUGGAGGAGCGGGGCCUGGUGCCCAAAUUCGACACCACCUUUGAGAACGCGAGGCCCUCGAAGACUCACAUGGCCCUGUUGGAGCUCCAUCGAGUGGGCAUCCUGCACUUCCUGGUCAGCCAAAACAUAGACGGGCUUCACGUGAGGUCCGGCUUCCCCAGGGACAAGCUGGCAGAGCUGCAUGGGAACAUGUUCGUUGAGGAAUGCAUGAAAUGUGGCAAGCAAUACGUGAGGGACACCGUUGUGGGCACCAUGGGGCUCAAACCCACCGGCCGGCUCUGCGACGUCUCCAAACAGCGAGGGCUCCGAUCCUGCAGAGGCAAGUUGAUGGACACCAUCUUAGACUGGGAAGAUUCCCUGCCAGAUCGGGACCUCAAUUUGGCUUCUGAAGCCAGCAGGAGGGCGUCCUUGUCCAUCACCCUGGGGACCUCGCUGCAAAUCAAGCCCAGCGGGGACCUUCCUCUGCUGACCAAGAAGAAAGGGGGGAAGUUGGUGAUCGUGAACCUGCAGCCCACCAAGCACGACAGACAGGCGGACCUGCGCAUCCACGGCUACGUGGACGAGGUCAUAACGAAGCUCAUGAAACUCCUGGGGCUGGAGAUCCCGGAGUGGACUGGGCCACUAGUGGUGGAGAGUGCGGAGCAGCAAGUGGCCAAACCACUCACCAAGGCUGGCACGGACUUGCCAUUCCUCAGCAAGGAAGAGCCUUCUCCCCGCUGGAACGGCGCACGGGAGGGCCUGGGACACACAGCGGUCCUGAAACAGGAAUCCUGCCUGCUGGAUGGCGGCUCAGUCCCGGUUAAGCGGCCGAAGCUGGAGCUGUUGCCAACUUGAUGGAUGCCAUGCUGGCGGGGCUUGUCUGCCUGGUGGGGGUUGCCUGGUAUCUCUCAGAAAACCAGCUUGGCCUUGGCGUUUCUACCUGACUUUUUUCAGAAUUGUCUUCCUCCGGGUUCUGUGCGUAAUUUUCUUUUCCCCCCUGAAAUUUUGAAACUUUUCUGGAUGAGCCCAGAUUUUCUGUUUCUGGAAGAAGGUAACAGCUAGUUAUCCUUCUUUCUGUGGGGCAGGCCAGGAAACAAGGCUUGUGCCCUCUUUUUAUGCCUCUUGGGUGCUGUUGAGGGACAGGGUCCCUUCCCUUCUCACUCUUCCUUCCCUCUUCUCUCCCCUCCCCUUUUCUCUUCCAUCUCCCCUUUUCCUUUCCC